CAACUACCAUUCACGCAGCUUGUUGUGUCUUUUGUUUUCGCCGGCCACUGCAAUCGCCUGGCGCUUCCUCCUCCUUGUCGUCCGGUCAUUGCUCCGACCUCGCCAAGACCACCCGGGGCCAGCCAUGGCCGCUCCGCCAGGUUCCUCACGGACGCCGCGCAUGGCCGAACACGAAGAUAGUCAAACGUGGGCUGCACCAUUCAGGCUUAGAAGGCAGAAAUCGGAGAUCCUUCGUGCCCAGUAUAUUGAUGUUAGAGAGCUCAGGAUCUGCGCAGGAACGUGGAAUGUCGGAAGCAUAUGUCCACCUAGUGACUUGGAUAUUCAAGAAUGGUUGGAUACGGAUGAGCCAGCUGAUAUUUACGCUCUUGGAUUUCAAGAGAUUAUUCCGCUAGAAGUCGGGUAUAUGAUUGGCACUGAAGAUACUCGUCCAGUUGCAGUAUGGGAGCAUAUCUUUCAUGAAGCUUUGAAUAAGAAGUGCCCUGAUAAAUCGAAGUUUGAACACCAUAGUGACUCACCAACAAGGUUUAACCCGUCAGAUUAUGUUCUUGAAAUGGAUAAUGGACUGCUUAGUGAAUCCAGCAAUGAUAGUGAUGGGGAACUUCAUCUAUUGGACAGUGCAAAGUCAUCUGGUUCAGCUCACUGUCUUCAGCAAUUGGAUUUAGACUGUGAUGUUAGCAUUGAUAAUAGAGUUGAAAGGAAAAGACCGCAGUAUGUACGGCUAGUGUAA